AUGUCGUCAUAUUAUGGCAUUGGGAUUAUGUCGGGAGCCUCCUUGGAUGGCCUUGAUCUCUGCUUUGCGGAAUUCACCGGAGAUUCUGAGACUGACGUCUGGGGUUAUCGAAUAGAGCAUGCUGUGACUGUGCCCUAUAGUAAGAUGAUGAAGGAAAUGCUAGAAGCUGCGACCAGCCUGUCAGGAUUUGUGAGUAUUUAUGCUGUUAACUUCAUUCAAAACAAUGAUUUGCGGCCUGAUUUCGUUGCCUCCUAUGGACACAGUGUUUUCCACCAACCAGAUAAAGGCAUCACAUUUCAGCUUGGAGAAGGGGAGAUAAUUUCCACAUACAUAAGCAACUUUCAGGCCAAGGAUGUUGCCCUGGGUGGUCAGGGAGCGCCUCUGGUACCAUGCGGUGAGAAGUUUCUCUUCCAGCAGACAGAUAUUUGUGUUAAUCUUUGCGGCAUUGCCACUGUUGGUUGCCAGGGAGAAAAAGGAUUUGAUGUGUGCCCUUGUAACAUGGUACUGAACCACUUAGCGUCGGCUGGCCACGUUCUGCCUGACAUCCUGGAGCAGCUGGACAAGCUGGAUUAUUAUCAGCAGAGUGGACCCAAGUCUUUGGGAUUUGAGUGGGUUUCCAGCAACCUGCUGCCAAUAUUGAAGAUAAACAGUUAUGUUUUAAUAAUGGUAUUUAUUUGUAUUGUCCAGAUUGUGGAUACGGAAGACGAGAUUGUAGAGUAUAAAGAAGCCCUAGUUUAUGCUUUCCUGGGAUUGCGAUCACUCCUAAAUAUGGAGAACGUGUUUUCCUCUGUGACUGGCAGCAGAAUGGACAGUGUAUCCGGAAGCAUUCAUCAUGGAACCGUCCGUCAUAGCCGACCCAGCCUGCAGGAUCGAUUUAAUUUCAUGAUCCGACGAAAGAGCCUGGGUGUCACUGAGCUGCGUAUUGUCAAAGAUAAGUAA